CAGCUUUCACUCUGGUACUUCAACAGAUGAUAAAAAAUGCAGUCUUUUUUUUGGAUUAAUGGCCAGUACCAGCCGGUGGGACAACUUUCUCAGGCAUCACAGGCUGCCGCUCAGGUGAGCCACGAGACGAUGAUGAAUACGCAAGCUAGGAUUGCAAAUAACCAGUACAUGACGGCGAACACAGGAGUCCAACAACCACCGAGAGCUAAUUACAACCAUCAUGAUGGAGUUUACUCAAGCAGACAACCAUCAAAUCGGCAGACCAUAUCACUUCCUCGUCAGGCAGUUUCGGAUCAGCUGUCAGGCUGGGGGAACAAGAACUAUGUGCUUAGGUUGUUGAGAAACAACGAGCAACGCUCCAAUAAUACUGAAAGAGGAAAUCCUGGUUUGCCUGCCUCUAAUGGAUUUCAGCAAGAUUUUCAUAAGAAAUAUUCUCAGAAUUCAUUGAUCCAAAGUCAACCCAACAUGAUGAAAGCAAAAACAACAUACUCUCAGGAAGACAUGUCUUAUCUUCAGAACCAAUCAGCUAGAGUUCCUGGGAAUCAACCAGAAAGGACACAGGAUGGUAAUGUUGUAGCUGAUCUCCAAAAUUCUAGAGAUCAGAAUAACUUAAUCUAUAAAGGAACGUCGACAUAUCCUGUUCCAAGAUACAACACAACAGCUACCCCGGCUCCAAACGUAGAGGUGAUUGACACGGCUGCCGUACACAGAAGACCUGCUCCUUAUAACCCUAAUCACAGGCCAAAUGCCACUCAGCAUGGUUUCUCCCCUUCAAUUCCCCCUCCAAGUUAUGAUGCAGCCACGUCUAAGUCUUUCAGAAACGACAGCACGACAACAAACUCACGCUCAAGUUUACAGAAUGUGCAUGUUUCCAACCGAAGUCCGAAAACUCAACAAUACUCGACACAUUACAAUGGGGAAGCGGCUACCUCUACCAUUAACCCAAAUUCAUAUAGCAGGCAGCAUGAGACAAGCUUUCAACAUUCUGCUGUUACACCUCAGGAAAUGCAAAAAAAUAAAAAAAUCGCCGAACUUCUGGUAUUCCUACACAGUGAAGAGGAUACACGUUUCUCUAUUGAAGGAAAGCUGUCUGUCAGCCAGGACAGAAUGGCAGAGUCUAAUAAUUAUAUGCAGCCUGUGACAUCUAAUGAUUCUUAUAACUCAAAUGCCUCCAUGUAUUUGCCAAUCAAUUCUGGACUUUCUUUGCCUACAAACAACCACAUUCCCAUGUCACCACAGCACAGCCAAGAUGUCCAACUUCAGCAAAGCACUGCACAAAAGUUUUUUUAUGCAAAACAAAAUAAAGGUGGAAAUGGAAGUAUAGCAGCCUAUGCCCGUCCCCCCCCGAAAAAUGUUGUGUCUUUAAGGGAUGCGCCUCAUCUGAAGCAGUUGCCUGAAGGCAUUUCUUCACAGAAAAUGAAGACUCAAUCAUCAGCAGCAAUUAGUCGUGAAUGGGUUGAGAAAGUCUCGUCAGUCAAGGCAAAUGCCAGCUCCAUUCACUCUUCUCCUGGACGCACAAGAGCUGUUGCUGUUGUGCAGCCAUUGUCGCAGGAAAGCUACCAGGAUGCCAGCAAGCAGACCAGUUCUACCACGGUCAGUCAAUUGUCUGUUGACAAAUCUGCAAUCACGCAUUCAGCAGCAAACAAGGCUGAUACCUUUGAAUCAUAUUUAGUUUCAGCUGAGACUCAUGACUUGUCUAAAAAACUGUUGUUUGCUGAUGACACAGUAUCUCAAUCGCCUUUAAACAUGCAAGUAGACCAUCCAUUGGCACUAAACGUGGAACAAUCUGUAACCUCCAAAUUGCCUGUAAGCCAAAGCAGUGAAAAGGACCAAAGUGAGAGGCAAACAGAUCCAAAAGAGGUACUUGACCUCUCCUCCAUCCCAACAAUACCAUGGACACUAAACGCAUUAACUGAGUUGAUACAAAAAGAAGAAAAAGCACAUACAGAGUCAUAUGGGUUUGCGAAAUUAGACUCUGACUACAAAAUGCAAACUGACAUGUUUAAAGAUAUGGUAUCUAUGCGAAAUCCAGACUGGUUCAAGGAUUUAAUAAAGGAAGCUCAUGAAUAUGUCAAAGAUGCAACGCCAGACUCUGUCAGACUGUUACAAGUAGACGGAUGCUUUAGUGAGCAAUUCAAACACUGCCAUGUCCUCAAAUAUAAUGAAGUUUAUUCAGCCCCACCCUACACAUCAUCAUGGUUGAAUGUCAAUGAGCAGCUCGAUGAGAUUGACAAAGAGUUUGACUUGCCACGGUCUUUGAAGCAUCGUCUUGAGAGUGAAAGCCAGUUAGAUCAGGUCCAGAUAGACAACGGUAUUCCUGGCAUUAUUGAAUUGAGUGAGGAAAAGCAAGACUCAACUGUGGAUGCCGAUUCAACAAGUACUGCUUCUCCUUAUGGAACAGAAAUUGACGAUUCCAGUGACUCUCAUUGCUCUUUUCAAAUCCAAGUUUUAUCUCAAGCAGAGGCCAAAGUCAUCUAUGAGCAAUUACAAAGCAAGCUGCCAACAAGUAUGGACACACACAAUCAACCAAAGAGAGUCACAAAAAGCCCUGUGGAGGGUGAGCUGCCUACGGAUACAGGUUCCACAUUGAGUAACACAUUACUGGAGAGCAAGUCAUUCUCUCCAGUAGACCAGGUUUGCUGCGUUGUGAGGUUUAUGGAACAAAUUUGGGGGUCAAACCCUGCUUCUUUGAGUAAAUGCGAGUGUGUGAGAAAUUAUGAAGAUAUACCAGACCAAACCCUUGAUAUGGAAGAGAUUGCAGUACAUAAGGAAGAUCAAAUGUGUGCAUUCGGGUCUGACAGCAAAUUCCACACUGUCCCUGAAGGAAAGAAGCCCGCUGAGGGCGACAAGAAUGUCGGCAAUCGGGUUGAGACACUUAAUUUGCUUGAGAUUUGCAAUGAACUUGAAAUCACCAUUGACUUACCUGAAGAUAAUGAGAAAGCUCACUCAUGUUCUGACAAUGAUCCAAAUAAUGUUUCCCAGCUAAGGAUAAAUAGUAGCGAGUCUAGCGUUAUACUUAUAAGUGAAAACACAGAUCAUCUGUCGGGCAGUGAUAAUGAAGUUCCCAAACUGAUGCCAGACCUGGAAAAGGAUUUGGAACUAGCAAGAAAUAAAAAAAAAGAAACCGAACAAAGUAAGACUGAAAGUUAUCAUUGGAAAACUGAGGACGGACAAACUCAAGCUGCGACCAGUUCUCCAAAGACAACUUGUAGUGGUAAACAUGACGCUGUUUUUAGGAGAGAAGAGACGAAGCACAAUGUUUUUUAUCCACUCUUCCAGAAAUCUAAGAAACGCAAACCCCUUUUUGAAUCUCAGCGUGUCCUUGAGGGCGCUUCGAAUGAGAAGGUUUUCAUCUGUGCAACUGAUAACGAACCAUCAGCCUCUAACGCUCAAACUGUACAACUGGUACUGUUUGGCUCAUCAGCACAAAACAAGUGUGUUUUGAUGGGCAGCAGAAAGAGCCACGUGUCAUCUGUCGAAGCUGUUUCUGCGGUAGUGCAAAACCCUCCGAUUGUUCUCACCAUUAAACUCAGUCCUAUGAAGAGAGAGUCUGAGAAAGCCUUGGCAAGGAAACAUUCAGACAAGCGAAGGCUUUGUGAAAAAUCAAGGAUAUCUUUCCCACCAACCAAAAUGAAGCACAGACACAAACUCAAAACGCAGAAGUGUACUCUAGCCACUUCGUCUGUACCAAGUCUGAAGAAAGCUGAAAAGGUUGACCCCGCCAACACAGAGGAGCUGCCAAUUUCCUCUGAAACGAGGAUCUUGAGUGGAACAACUAGGCCAUGCCUGAGUCUGAAGAAGAGGAGGUCCCAACGUGUAGGGGAGAAGACCAAGAGACGCACCGCCACACUCUCCCAGCCUGCAGAUCAAGAGAAAAGUGAGGAGGAAAAUGAGAGCAGUGCUGUCAUGCCUCACCUGAAGAACGAUGUCCUGAAGUUCGGUGUCUUACCCAAAACCUUCGACUUCAAAGACGGCUCUAAUGGCAGAAAGGAAAACGAUGAUCCUCUUCCAGGCAAUUCUGACCUCGUUGAAGAAAAGGACGAUAGCCCAAGCAAAACUAUUAAGAGGGCAAGAGGUAUUACAAAUAAAGCUUGGUAUCAAAAUCCAGAAGAGAAGAAUAUGUUAAUACCUCCCACCCCCAAGACCGACAACGUCUUCCAUGCUUUUCAGAAGAAAUACAAGGACAAGAUGCAGCCACCCGUGGAUAAAUAACUUGACAGGAAGUAGACAAGCUUUUUAGGUCGAAGAUUUUCUUCUGUCUGCAAAAUUCCUCAAGAGAAAGAUGUCUUGCAAAGACUUACAGAAAUUAGGUAUUUUGUGUUUUUGUACUGCAAAGGCAAUAUUGAGGAAAUUGAAGUUGCCAGUUUUGUAUAAAUGUGUUCCAACUAAUGUGUCCAUUAUGUAACUGCUGUAUAUGUGUCACAUCUGUUCUCAUCAGUUUACAUAUAAUAUUGUCAUUUGUUUACAUUGCUCGCAAAGUCUUCAACUCUUAAGUCUGAUAAACAUAUUUUAUGCAAAACGUAACUUUUUGACAUUCGGUUUUAUUUAAUUUACAUCUUUAUAUUUUCAUACUUUUCUACUUAAAGCAAUAUUUUUCAAUUUUUUUUAUAUGAAACAAGAACUGCGAAGUAGUGUCGUUUGCAUAAUUAUUUUACAAUUUGUUUGUGUUUUACUGUUUUACCAGAAAUAAACAAACUCGCUGGGAAUAA